CUAUACACUGAGAAAUAGCUUCAUAAGCAUCAGUUAAUCAGAUUCAAUCUCUCACAUAAAAAAAAAACAGAUAGUUAUGAAUUCAAGCAAACUUGAACAAGACCUGUUCCAUCAUCCUCGGCCGUUGGAUGACCACCGCCAACUACCACCGGCGCCGGAGUUUUGUCUCCCUCCGAUGCCGGAAUUUGACUUUUUCCGUGACGAUGAUGAAGACGGUGAUGAUUCCGUUAGCCAUACAUCUUCUGAAGGUAUUCCUAAUUUCUCAAACGACGUCGUUUCGCUAAAUAAGUUUUCGAAAAUUAUUACAAAUGCGAAUACGAAUAUAGAUAUAGAAACAAAUGCAAUUACAAAUACAAACCCUAGGUUUCCAUAUAUUGAUCCCGAGCCACAUAUAUCAUCUCAGUUUUAUACAUUUAAUAUUGAAUCACAUUCGUUGAUGAUCCGGUGUAUUCUCGCCGGCCGGAUUGCUACUUCCGAUGAGAUUACGGCGGCGACACCUUCAACGGUGUUGAAUAGCUGGCGGUCGGUGUGGAAGGACCGGAGCGAGGAUACGGCGUAUGUUACGGCAUGGAAACGGAUUCAGGAUAAGUUGAAUGUUCAUGUGAGUGAACACGGAAAUGAGUUUUUGUGUUUUAAGAAUAGUUCGAGCAAUCAAUUUGUUUCACAUAUUGGUCAGUGGCAAGAGAUAGUUAUGAGUUUCCAUGGUGAUACUGAUUUGAAGCAUUUAGGGUUAAAAGAGACGAUAGAGAGGAUUAAGCAAGUGUGGACUGUAGGUGGUAAGUUUUAUGGGAUACCUGAAUCGUAUAUUAGGGUUUGUGUAGCUGCCUGUCCUGUUUGUUCGGAGGAUAAUGGGAGUAUGGGAGCACGGGGGAAGAGGAGGAGGUUUGAGUACACUGAGUCGUUUGAGGUGCCCGCGAAGGAAGUGCCGAAGAAGUUGAGACAGUUAGCGGCUAAACAUAAGGUUGUUUUGUGUAUAAGGCAGAAGUAUAUUAGGUAUAAACCGUUUAUGGCAGAGGUUAAGGAUUAUGCGUGUCACAGAGCAGGAGAACCUGCUGCUGCUUCUUCAUCAUCGAAGAAGUCUAGGAAUGUGAAGAGAGAACCGUAUGCUUCAAAAAGAUGUGGAUGUAGGUUUCGGAUAAGAGCAAUUUUGCCUAUUCUGAAUUAUAAUGAGAAGGAUAAAAGUUUUGUAUAUCAAGAAGAGGGAAAGGCUGUGUUUAAACUGUAUGCUGUUCAUUCUGGGCACAAGCCGGGGCCGUCGGAUGGUAAUGCAAGGAUAAUGCAUAGAGUUGUUGGGCAUAAAGGAGGGUUAUUGAUGGAACAGGAUUUGAUUUAUGGUAUGAGUGAGGAAGAAGAGAAUGAGGAUUUUGCGUUUAUGGGGGAGGAUAAUGGGGAUAUGCAUUUUUCUGUCGUGCGGCAGGUUAAGGAGUUGAGAAGUGAAGUUGGGCUUCUUGAAGGAAAAAUGGCAAAAAUCCCACCAACACUGCUAGGUUCAGUGUCUCAAGAAUUGUUUGAUAUAUUGAAUAAAGUGCGAAGUAUAGGAGCAUAUGAGCCGAAGUCACCUACGCUGCUCUCUGAGAAGCUGCAUCCUGAUGAUGUAUUGGUGGGAGAGAAUGAUUUAGCAGAUUGGAGCCGUGAUCAAAGGAUUUUUGGGGAUGACAAGGAUACAGAUUUAAUUGAAGAUGAUGAUGAUAGUUUCGGUCGAACGCUUGGAGAUGUUGCUUCAUGGGAUCAGAUCAGGGCAGAUUGCAGAACUGAGAAGGAUCUUUUGGGCGAGUCUUAUAAACCUGAAAAUUGGCUGAAAUGUAGCAGCCCUGAUGAAAAAACUAUACUCAAUCUUGAAAAUUCUAAACCAAUAAAGCCCCUGAGGCAUGAUGAAACCUUGGAGGCAGACAGUCUUGUUGCUUUGCAAGUUGAUAGCUUUUACCCUGAGAAUCCUAAAUGGUAUGAAUCUUCUUGUGGCUUGGAUCCUGAAACAAAUUGUGAUGAUAACAGGGAAAUUGUGUAGAAAGAGGGGGGAUAAGUGCACAGUAACAUUAUUGUAUCUCACUCACCUUUUUAUAAUCGCGAGUUGUAUAUUUGUGUACCCUGAAGAAUCAAUUGGCUCCCUUGCUUUAGGCCUAUGCUGCUUGUGACUCUGUAAAGUAAUAGUCAUUUAGGCUUUUCUGCACAUACUUUUGUAUGACUAUGACUAUAUGUCAAUUAUGUUGUGAACCGAUAAAUUUAUAACUUUGUUUUACGCAUCAAUGAAUUUUCAGUUUCUUGAAUUUAA